AUGUUUAAUCGAGGUAAAUGUCGUCGCGUAACUCGAAAUGAAUAUAUACCCGAGCUAAUCCUUAUCGUCAGUAUUAUCAUCAUCAUACAUUUCUGUGAUAAAUAUUAUGAAUAUACUGGCAAUCAGUAUAUCUUAACAGAUGAUGAAUAUACGGAUGAGUUUUGUCCGCUGUAUCCAUCAACUCUUCAUGGAGGAAAGAAUGAUGUUGUCAUGUCAGAAACAAUUGAAUGGUCAGAUAAUCCCAAUGUACAGAUGGAUGAUUUAGGUGGAAGCUAUUCACCAAAAGACUGCAAACCUCGAGAAGAACUCGCUAUUAUCAUUCCAUUUCGUAAUCGAGAGUAUCAUUUGAAAUUGUUACUAAAGUAUCUUCAUCCAUUCCUUCAACGACAAAAGCGGUCGUACCAAGUGUUCGUAGUAGAGCAGAUGGGCAAUGUGACUUUUAAUAAAGGAAUUAUUAUGAACGUUGCAUUUCAAGAGGCUCUAAAAGCGCAUUCGACGUUUAAUUGUUUUAUCUUUCACGAUGUUGACCUUCUACCGGAGAAUGAUUAUAAUAUUUACGAAUGUGAUCCGAAAACGCCAAGACAUCUAUCACCCGCUGUUGAUGAGUUACGAUACGUGCUGAUGUAUAAUCAUUUGGUUGGGGGAGUUUUAGCAUUGCGGAAAGAGCAAUUUGUCAAAGUGAAUGGUUGGUCGAAUUUGUAUUGGGGCUGGGGAGCAGAAGAUGACGAUAUGGCAGAAAGGAUACGCAAUUCGAGCUAUCGUUUGAGUCGUCCGCCAAAUCACAUCGGUCGAUAUAAAAUGAUUCGUCAUGAAAAACGUGAACGUGCCGUUAAUCGUUAUCAGCUACUCAAUAAUUGGCGACGAUAUUUGCAAGAUGGUAUCAAACAAAUCAACUUAGUUAAUUAUACAAUAAAUAGUAUUGAUAAAAAACAAUUAUUUACACAUAUACUCGUGAAUUUAUCGCGUUCAUCUACUAAUAGAUUAGAAAGCUCGCUCGAAUAA